GGAGCUGCUGGAGGCCUUAUAAACGGCCGGCGAUGGCGGCCGCGAGCCGAGUUUGCCCGUUAGAUUAGCAGUGCGCGCGCGUGUUUUUCCCACGAUUCGGAAACGAAAUAUUCAAAGAAAAAUUACAAGAAAAUGAAGGAUCGUUUUACCAGAAUAGCCAAGGAAGUGCCCAGCAUACUGCUGAUUAUGCUACUGCCUUUGCUGCUCGGAAGCACUGCCGCAUUUCCGGAUGGAGCUCCAGCCGAUACGUGUGUAAAGCAGCGCCAGAAUCAGCCCAACCACGGAAAGGCCCGCACACAGCCAGCCCAUACGAAUCCCUUUGAGGUGGUGGCCGAUGCUCAGAGCUACCAUCCGGGUCAGCAAGUCUCCGUGGUCAUCUAUCCGCACACACAGCAGAGCACGGUCUUCAGGGGAUUCUUCCUGCAGGCCCGCGAUGCGCACUCCAAUGAGUGGAUUGGCGAGUGGGUGCAGAGCGAGAACACAAAAACCAUACCGGAGUGCUCGGCCAUAACGCACUCGGACAAUCGGGACAAGCUGGGGGCCAAGCUGAUAUGGAAGGCGCCGCAGAACAAGCGCGGCAAUGUUUACUUUACCGGCACUGUGCUACAGGAGUACGGCACCUUCUGGAGCGACAUUGUUAACAAGGUGCAGGCUGAGCCGCAAUAACGAAAAUGAUGUACUUAUUUAUAACAGCUGUACUCGUAUAUAAUACCCUGUUCUGGGCAAUAAAUCUUAAAAACCCUAAUUA